AUGCAGAAACAGAAUGCUCAAGCCCGAAUGCAGCGCACUCUUGCUGCGCUAGAGAAGGAGAAGGGAAAGCAUGCAGCAAACGAAAAGAUGCAGCAAGAGCGAGGAGAAAGAGAAUACGAGACACUCCUGGAAUCCGAGAAGCGCAAUGCUAUGUGUGAGGACUGUGAGAUCUGCUGCGAGCCACGCGCCCCGCACCGGUUUGUUGAGUGCGAUAACCGCCUUGACAGGCAUUCUUACUGCGAGGUGUGCGUGCGACGACACCUGCGCGAACAGAUCUUUGAGAAAGCUUCUCCAUGGAUGCGUUGUUUGGGCGAUGGUUGCGUGGCAUUCUACAAACGGGUUGACUACGAGCGCAUUCUUGGCCAGGACGCGAUCGACAUGCGUGACCGUCUGGAGCUGCGGACUGAGCUGAGAAACGUUGAGGGUAUGACCGCUUGUCUGUCUUGUGACUUCGCCAUGUUCAUCGACGACGGGGUGGAGGUGUUCGAUUGUAGAAAUCCGUCUUGCAUGAAGAGCUUCUGCCUCAAGUGCAAGGAGGAACCGCACUUUGGCAGGACUUGUGGAGAAGCGCAAGACGCAAAGAAAGACGCGGCUGCGAGAGGAGAGCUUGGCCACGGAGGCGCGAGGGACGACCUACGCCGUAAGGUUGAAGAGUACAUAAGCGAGGCACUCAUUCGCAAGUGCUCAGACUGCGGUAUGAGUUUCGUGAAGGAAAGCGGCUGCAAUCAGAUGCGCUGCAUCUGCGGAAGAAACGUGUCGUGCUAUGCGUGCGGCGCGGAGCACGUCCAGCACGACCACUGGAUGCAAGGCACAUGCAGGCUGUUCGAGUCAACAGAAGAAAGGGAGGCGACGGAGCGCAGGGAAGCGGAGAAGCAGGCUAUUGCCAAGGUCAUGCAAGAAAACCCCGGCGUCCGAGAAGAAGACCUGAAAGUCAGAGAGUUCAGCGAGAACGUGAAGAAGGACGACGAGAUGCGGAGAGCGAAAGAGCGGUUCUUUCUCGUCGGCGAAGACUGGCAUCCGGGGAUGGAAGUUCACGGCGCUGACUCGGAUACCAUGGCCGAUAUCACUGCGCAAAUGAGUGCCUUCAACCUCGGUGGCGCUAGAGGCAUUGUAGCUGCUGGAGCUUCCAGACAGCGUAGACGUCGCGCUGGCGGGCCCGCAAGACAAAAAGGCCAAACUUCCAGCGCCGGUGCAGGACUCGUGGACGGCGUUUCUCCUGGUUUUGCUCCAAGUGCUGCGAGAAAUCGGUCUAUUCAUCCACAGCUCUCGAACCAGCUCCGGCACUUGACCACCGAGCCUGGCCUUGUCACAGUUAUCCCUCGACAUGUUGCGGGUGCCAUAGCCAGCGGUCGUUCCCGACAACCUCAGAGCACCCGUCGAGCGCAACAUCUUAGUAUAGAUAGUGGAGUAGAGCUCAACGAUCCAAGACCAUCGAGAACACCAAGGCUGCAAGCAAACGCGCAGAUAGUACAGCGACGCCUCGAACGGACGAGGUUGCAGUUGGAUAUUCGGAUGCAAAGAGCCAACGCUGCGCUUCACCGCGAGCGAACACCGCAGGCCCGAUUCGCGAACCAGAGCGGUCUGCGCAACGAUGGCAUCGACGCCUGGGGGGCGCCAGGGCUCAAUCGUGUGCAUCGCCACCGACCGAGGGGCCCAGGAUUGAUUUAG